GUUGGGCUGAACGGCGACCACGAUGGACUUCGAGGAGCAGCCUGUGGGAGUAGCUCCUACCCAGGACUUCUUGGCUUCCAUUAAGGUGUUUCCAUUGAUCCCGUAUCUGAAGAAGGAUGUCAUAAGUUCUAUAGAUACACCUCUUAGUUGGGACCAGCUCACAGCAUCCGACAUCAACUUCGCGGUGGUGCGGCCGCUAGUACUCAAGUAUGCGAGGCUGUGCAACAUGGCUGUCGUAUACGCGUGUAUGGUCGUGCGCUCGUACUUCCUCACACAGGCAGUAUCGGAUCUUGCGCAUGCCAGUGUCUCGCAUUCCCGUGCAACCCUUUGCGAGAUCAUGGCCUUGAAGCUCCUGAACCACUUUGCUGCUAGCAAAGUUCAGCUGGUGGCUGUGUUAACCACACCGUGGAACCCUCUCGCCGGAGCUCCCAUGGACAUUGUCCAAGAAGUGAAAGAAGUCAUCGGAGAGGAAGAAUGCAGGGGAAAUUCUCAAAGCGCUAUUGAGAUGGCGAUCGCCACCCAAGCGAAAGCAUUUUUGUCCUCUCCUAUCGUGCAAACUGUCGUAAAUGAUGUGUAUACUGGACGUGUUAUCUUCUCAAUUGCGGCCAUCAAGUCGGUAGUAGCGGAUAAUUACAAGCAACGCGCGAUAGAAAUCUACGAUGUUCGCAAAGCGCCAUUCCUUGACCAUUACAGGUUGAGAGUUCCUCGAUAUUCUGCCAUACUGCAUUUCAUGAACAUCGCAGUGCUCCUGCUCGUUUUUGUAAUAUUUCUUCAGUCCGAGGAUACUGCAUAUAUCUCCUUGUGGGAAGGGGUUUUUUUAGUAUUCGCAGUCGCAUUUACCCUGCAGGAAUAUACUGCCUCGAGAGAAUAUGGAUGGCUCAUAUACAUGUCCAAUGUCUGGAAUGCUUUUGACACUUCGUUUGUGGUCAUCUUUCUUGUCUAUCUCGGUUUGCGCAUCAAGGGCCUCGUUACCAACGAUGCCGAUGCCUCCCAGCUUGCAUUCGACAUCUUAGCUUGCGCUGGCUGCAUCCUCGUCCCGCGUCUCGCGUUCUACGCCAUCACUAACAACGUAGUCAUCUUAGCCCUGCGGGCAAUGAUUUCUGAGUUUGUGUUCUUCAUCUGCAUUGCAGCCACAUGUUUCUCCGGCCUCCUAUUGACUUUAUAUACGAUCGCAAAUGGGAAAUGGACGAUGAGCGGGAUCGCGUGGCUCAUAGUGCAGAUUUGGUUUGGGAACACUUCUCUGAGCUUCAACCAAGCCAAGAGCUUCCACUCGGUACUCGGGCCUAUAUUGAUGACUUGCUUUGCGGCCUUAUCGAACACCCUCCUUUUGACGAUUCUCAUAUCAAUUCUUUCGAACACGGCUGCUCGAAUUGACGCAAAUGCCACCCAAGAGUAUUUGUUCCAAUAUACGAUCUCCACCAUCGAAGGAGUAAAAUCCGACGCCCUGUUUAGUUACCAGCCCCCUUUCAAUCUUCUCGCGCUCUUGAUCUUGAAGCCAGCGACCUACUUGCUGUCUCCACGACAACUCCAUUCAGCAAAUGUUUUUCUCAUCAAACUCACCUCCUUCCCGAUCUUGGUGGUCAUUGCACUCUAUGAGCGGUGGUUAGUUGCUCCGGAAAUUGCAAAAUAUUCUCUCUAUCGAGGUCAUAUCCGAAAUAUUCCCGUCGUCGACUAUCUCUUUGGAUCACGAGCUGCGGACCUCUAUAGCGUUAUUUUCCAGGCGGAGGACUCCCGAGACUUUGGUAUCUUUGAUGAGGCAGGAAAUGAAGAGAGUUUACUUUCUCCGAUGGCCCCGUCCACGUCCUGUCAGUUAGGGACAUCUGACCACCCUGAAAACACACCUCGCAGACAGAGAGUGGUGAGCACGCUCACUCCACUGGAAGAUACUUCGAGCAGUGCGAAGGUUUUAUCACUGGACACAACGACACCUCUAUCAAAGUUCUUCCGCCGGCUGAAGCCAUCCCUCUCUCUUAAAGUCGACAACCUAGACGGGGGGCGUUUCGAUAGUGAGAAUGGGUUACAACGACUACAAUCCUUGCUGGAAGAGUGCCGAGAGCUCCCCGUUACUCAACUUAAAGACGAGAUUAGGGACCUACAGGACCGACAGGUGCGCAUCGAGGGUCUGUUGUUGUCGUUGACGAGAGGAAUCCGGAAUGAUACCGCCACUACUAGUGCCACGAUGUCUUGAACGCGAUUUAUGAUUCGUAUGAUUCAGUUUUGUGUCGGUUUGUCCUCUUUUACCGUGCCAAAUAUAUGUUCGGAGUUGUUCCC